AUGCUGCAUUCCUCCCGGAGGCUUUUUUUAGUGGCGUUUCUUCCACGCGUGGUCAUCCUCGGCGUGACGGGUGGCAUCGGAAGCGGAAAGUCCGUGCGAUGCAGUCACUUGCUGAGGUUGGCGCAGUCACGUGCACGGCAGCCCAUAUAUUCUUUUACGGCUCACACCAUCAGUGCCGACAAAAUAGGCCAUGAUAUUUAUUCUCCAGGAAAGCCGUGCUACUACGAUGUGAUUGACGCAUUCGGAAAAGGAAUUCUGCAGGAUACGAAGUCGGAGGAGAUGUCAGGCACUUCACAUUCCUCCCACAGCGAGCCAUUCAUUGACCGAAAGAAACUCGGCGGUUGCGUGUUCUCAGAGCCACAUUCAAGAGAAUUACGGAAACUCGACAAUAUGUGUUGGCCGCACAUCCAUGAGGCAGUUGAAAAGGAAAUUGAAUUGAUGUCGAGGGAUGCAAUUUCCAAAAACAAAUCUGUACUUUUAAUUAUACUGGAAGCCGCACUUCUCACGGAAAGCAGUCUGCUUUCACUCUGUGACGAUGUGUGGAUCAUGACUUGUGCCAAGGGCGUUGCGGUACGGCGUGUGAUGGAUCGUAAUGACUUGACGGAGGCGCAGGCGGAGGCCCGCGUUGAAAGUCAGGGUAGUGUCGAAAAGAAAUUGGAUUUUCUCAAGAACAUAAAGUUCAAGGGUGAGGUGUUGGUAUUUGACACGACGAACGAUUCCUUGGAGGAGGGAUUAAAACGCGUCACAAUCGCCUUUGACGAGUACUGGUGUCGGAAGUUGGAGCCGUUGCAGAAGGACCCGGAUGAGGAAAGCAGCCCGUGGUAG